GGAGACCAAGCACGUCUAGCGUGAGAGGCAGCUUUUAUUCCAUUAUCACCUGCAAAGACGGCAAGUUAGCUGUGCCCACCAACACGCCAGGUGCACGUGUGUGAAGAAAAGCCUUGCAAGGCAGCCAGCAGAAACGCGCCUGCCGCGGCGCCACACAGCCUGCAUCUCCCACAAAAAGCUCCGCGUCCAUCCGCGCCGCAGAGCGAAGACCCUCGAGGGCCAGCCGACGGCGAUGGGCGACAAAGGGAGUCGCUGCAGCGCCUGAGCUCCGCCAGGACCCUCCUUCUCGGGGCGACUCCUUGGCUUCGCCAGAGCGCAGUGGCGGGCGGGCUCCUCUCCUUCCACCCUCCCCGGGAGUCAAGUGGGAGGAUCUGCAGCGGCAAGCAAAGAAGGGACGGCAGCCGCCGCCGCAGCCGUUCGGAGGCGAGCGCUGACUUCAACCACCGAGGCAGGAGGCGCGGCGGCGGCGGAUCGGAGGCGAGAACGGCUGGAAAGGAAGCAGAACAUCUCCCUUGAGCAUGUGCAUCAUGCCUUGAAGAAACCAGAACUCCUGUUUGGCAUCCUCAGUGUUUGGCCUGUGAAAUGGGAGCCAUGGGACCAUCUUGAAACAAAUGAAGAUCCCAAGCAGACAACUGUUCCCUUUAACUGCAGUCACCAAAGUCUACAGUCAUGCAGGAACAAUAUGAUAGCUGAGCUGCACACUUUUGUGACUAAAAAUGCACCUCAAAAUGCUGAGGAUUGAAUCCAAGGCCUUUUUAAAUAUCAGAUGCCUGCAAUGCUAUCCCACUGAGGAAGAAAAUGGUCACAUUUACAACCAAAGAAGCACUAGUUGGAAAAUGGAUUGAAAGGCAGUAAAAAAACAAAUAUGCAAGAUCCUGGGGAAAUUUCAUCCCCUAAUUAAUCAGCAAAAAAGCCUUUUCCACUGCUGUGUUUUGGAUGUGUUUCCAAACUAAAUCUUUGACUGGGAAGCCAUAUGUAGAUUUGCAAAUGGUUGUUGCUUCUUGAGUCUCUCACUAAUGGAACAGGAGGUAUUUUGUAUGUUGAUUUUAAACCUAUAAAACAUUUAAAAUGUUGAACUUCUGAUGAAGGAGUAUCACCAUCACAUCAAAAGACUAUUAAAUACAUGUGUAACUCCUUCAGGAAGAGUAAAGAGAAGACAAAAGCACUGUUAAGAGUUAGCUGUUAAAAAAACUAACUCUUGUUUUGUUUCUUUAACUAAUAUCUUGAGAUCAAUUUUGAAUGAUAAUAAAUUGACUUCAUUAAUAACUUACUGACAUACAUCUGAAUAGGAUUAAUAGUGAUUUUCUUUCUCUGAUAGCUAUUGGAAAAUGUGCUUCCAAAUAAGUGGUUUGACAUAUCAUCUCUAAAAUAUAAUUCCCAAAAAGAUACCAUAACUGCUCAAUUGGUCUACAAGUGAUAUUCUUUUAUUGUAGAUCAGCCCCAAUUGUGUCUUUCCAAUGAAACAUUAGCAAAGGAACCAAUUUUGGGGAAGUUAGAAUGGAAGCCAAAAAUAUGGAACAUUUAGCAAAAGGAAUUCAGAUGGACACUGAGCAACAAUUGGAAACUCCAAAUACAACUGACCCAAUUAUUGUCCCCGAGAGUCCAGACAAAAAGGCUUCUGUCUUUUGCUUUAAGAAAAGGAAAAAGUCUUGUGAGAAGGUAGAAGAGAAGGAUGAGAAUCAUGAAUCCAAUUCACUUAGCUUAAGGCCUGAUAACCAGCCUUCAGACAUGGGGCACAAUGAAACAGAGAUAUCAAAUCAAUUUUGGACUUCAGGAGGGGCCUGGCUGGCUUUCAAACGACUAGUGACAUUAAGGAGAAGAUCCAAAUCCACUUUGAAGAAACAAACAGAGGCUUAUUCUCGCGUACAUCUAGAUGUGGACAUAAGAGAUUCUGGCAGGACACGAUUUUCUAAGGAGCACCCCAGUUCUGGUUCUAAAAUUCCCUGCCUAAGACUCUCCCGAAGCAAAAAAAGGACCAACCACUCUGAAAUAAUAGAACAGCCUCAUUGCAAGAAAAAAGGAAGUGAUACAGCAAGCAUCCUGAAUAACAAAAGUAACAAAGAGCCAGAGAUUGUGGCUAUGGAAGUUCUACCAGAUAUAAAACAACCCCCCAGCAAAAGUCUACAGGAAGGAGAAAGUGACAAUGGAGCCAUGACAAAUAUGGAAAAUGUGGCACUGUCCAAUAGAGAGAACAAAUUUCCUGAUCCCAAUUGUUAUAUUGACUGUGGAGUUCAAUCAGAAAUAAUCCAUUCUGAAACUGCACUUGUAACUGAAGAAGAGAAGCAAAUAUUUCAGUUACAUCAUGGAACCCUCUAUGGAAACCUUGAAGAGUUGGAAAAUCAGAAGUUCAGUUUUAAUAUUGAGAUCGGUCCUCCCAUUCCUCAGGAUUUGCCUGAAAAUGAACAACAACUUAUAGAAAGAGAGGGAACCAAAGAGACCAAGUCACAGCCAUUUGGGGCAGACAUUGAUGUUGUGGUCAAGAGUGAGGAUGUUGUUGCUAAGGAAGGUCAUUCCAUUGAAGUGAUGUUGCAUUGCAGCCCAUCUGUAAUGGAAGAUGAGGCUUCAGAUAUACCAGUUUGUUUUGAUGAGGAAGAGAAAAGUGAAGAAAAGCAGUUUACCAUACCUGGGGCUGGCAUUGUAAUCAUGAUCACUGAAGCUGAAGAUGAUCAGGAUGAUGAAGAAGAAUCAGCUGCUACCUGUGAAAUGUUUGCAUUUCCUCAAGCCAUCAAGCAAAAAGGGAAGAAAAAAACUAGCAAAAACCAAGCUUCUACUGCAGGAUGCAACUGCACAAAGGAAGACCAAGCAUGCUCCCAGGUCCCCUCUUCCUUUGGCACCAACAGCCAGGAACACUGGACUUCAGAGCAAUAUGAAAUGCUGUUGAUUGAAACAGCUGCCUCACUUGUGAAGACAGCCAUUCAGUCAUCUGUUGAGCAGCUUGUCAAUGAAAUGGCUUUGGAGCAAAAUAAACAAAACAGUCUUUUAUGAUCACAAGAGCCUCUUUGUAAAUUAGAGGCAGGCCUGCUAUCAGGCAUGGGGAGGCAAAUGGAAGCAUUUGGACAAAUUGGCUUGUAUUAGGAAAGAAAGUACCAUUUGGAUUUUCUUUGUCCAUUGCCAGCAAUGCUUUAUCCAUCAUCAAUGACCAGUUCAGUAUUAAUGUGAGGAAAUGUUCCAGAUGUCCUGAAGUAUUUAAACUUAGCAUGAGAGAUUAAGGAUGGUCUUAAUUCCUGAGAUAUUUGCAAUAUCUGUGAUUAGCUUAAUUUUGCAUGUUGGUAUAAUGGAUGUAUAUUGUAUUGUAUAAACAGCUUGUAAAAACAAAAUGAGAGGAUCUUUUGCUGCAUGGUGACAUGUCUUAAUGAUUUUACUCUCUAUAGUAGAUCUAGGAAAGAUACCCAUUCUCUCCCUUUCCUUUUUUCUCAAUUCAUUUAUUUCAGUUGCAAAUGCCAAGUAUUUCAAGUAUUAUUGCUAAUGACUGAGCAGUUUUUUAACCCACUUCCUUUCAAAUAAGUUUGGCCUUUCGUAAUUUGUAGCUGAAAUUAUAGGAAAUGGGGUUCCACAUCUGGAGGUCAAUAGGUUGGAGAAAUCUGGCUCAGGCUAGGAGAAACUCAACUUAUUAAAUAAAUUGCUCUAAAUCAGGAGUCUUCAAACUUGGUCCUUUUAUGACUUGUGGACUUCAAC